AGUUCUGCAGCUAGACUGAUAGUUGUGUCCUGGUUCCUGGAAUCUAGUCAAGUGCUCUACUGACUGAAAUAUCUGGCCACCAAUGAUAAAACUUGACAGACAGUCAUGUUCCACCCUCCUUAAAAAUCUUUGUUCCCAAAGACUCACAGCCUAGAGUCUCUAUCCCCACCCAGACGUUUAAAUCAAUUAAUUCUAAAGACUGGCAUACCGCACCAAAUGUAACAGGACUGUGAAUUAGAAAUUACAAUAACUUAAGAUUCGAACCUCAACCCUUAAAAUCUCUUGCCUGGUGCUCUUCCAACUGAGGCAUUGGAUCUAACCUGGCUAACUAACCACACUCCUCCUUAUUUCUAAAGAAAUUUAAGAAACCCAGGAUCUAUUUCUGCUGGCAGCCAUUAUCUCCCUUCCUGUUGCAUUUGUUAGCAUAGACCAGCCCCUGGAACUGACAAGUGAAAAUGUUGCUUGUAGUGUAGAUUCUUUCAUUCACACCUAGGGGCUGGUGUCAAGAUGGGGCCAUGAUGUUGGUCUCAAAGGAAAACUUCGAAAAAUCUCAGAACAAGAGGGGCACAAUUUGACAAAUUGUGGGUUCAGAUUAAAUAUGUUUAUACUAUGACUCCAAGGGCUACUAAGUUGGGACCACAAGGGGGUUCUGCUGUUUACAUUGAAAUGUAUGGAAACAUUUUUCUUCUGAAGAACCAGGAGGCACAGUAUGUCAAAUGGAUUUUCAAGCAUCCUCAAGUACUGUAGAUUCAAGUUUGUAUCAUGAUCCUUGUAGGACCAUUAUUGGGACUGAGUGUUGACAAACAACUGUGGACUGUGUGGCACAUGGAGCUCUUGUUUAAUGAAUUUUUGAAAUGGAGGCAGAUGACGAUUCCUUGCGAGAUCUGGUUGAACGUGCCAAAAAGAGGCCGAAAUAUGUCCGCAUGGUGUCGUGGGAGUUUGAAAACGAAACCAAAAAACCCAGCCGACAAAAUAAGAGACAACAGAAAUCUGACCAAGGCCUAGAGGUGCAAGAAGCUGAAUGUGAGGAAGAGGAGGAGGAAGAGGAGUCCACCUCAAAUGAGGAGUGUGAUUCUGAGAGUACAUAUUAUUCAGCUGAGGAGACCAUUCACACAGAAGAAGCUUUAGGGGAGGAGUUCAGUAGUGUUAGUUUACAGGACAGUGCAGCCCACCCUUAUCAGGUUCAAAGUCGCUACAGGGCUCCAAGUAAAAAACAGAAACGGAAAAGGCGAUAUAGGAUGAUUUACUGUGAUCAAACUCUGCCAUUUAUGAAAGAAGGUUUUGGCAUCGAAGAAGACAUCCAAGAUGUUGUAGCUGAAAUUCAGGGGAAGCAAAUCCAUGUGUUGAGAGAAGUCCCCAGUCUCUCGAUUCUGUGCAUUAAAAUGCUGAGAGGAAUACGCUUUCCAGUGGCUGCCAUGCCACACUUAAUCAAGUCGCGUAUCUAUGGUGCUAAUGUAGAUUUACAAUUUAAAAAAUUUCAGUAUGGAUGGUUGCUAAAUUUUCUGGCUUUUUUAGAUAAGGGGAAAGUUGAUUUGAAUUUGAAAAGCUACAAAGACCUGCACAGACUCCUGAUGUGUAGUAUUUGGCAUCCUCUGCCGUAUUUAAAGCAGUCCCCACAGCUUAUAGAGAGGUACAACAAGAGCAAAAUCACAGCCUCUCUGAUGUAUACAAGUGGACUAGUGCUAAAUUUGAGUCAGGAGUUUAGGUCCUGGAGUUUGACCAUAUAUCUGCGCAUUCCAUGGCUCCUAUCUGCUUUGGCUACUGUGGUGGAAUGUAUGUUACCAUCACAAAUAUCUCAGAGGAAGCAAUGGGGAAAGAAUUCCUAUCAGAAUGAAGGGGAACAACUCAAAACAGCCACCAUUUUAGCUGUCAAAAGAGUGAAACUGGCCCUGUCCAAAAGACUUCCUGAUAUUGUUGAUGAAUUUUUGAAAGUGGCCCUACCCUAUGCAUUUUGGGCACGUGGAGAUAUCCAGCAUGCAACAGAAUUGUUCUGUCAGCUUUCUCAGUCAGAAAACAGAUGUCGUUAUAAAGCCUUGUAUUUGAACGAAGCUGGAAGAAUGCAUGCCAUAUCAGGGGAGAAAAGUAGUGCUGCCAAAUUUUAUCGACUAGCUGGAGAGGCUGCUGUAACUAAACCAAAACACAACAAACAUUUCCGUGAAAUUGAUGGACAGGUCUUGAUGCUUUUGGCCUCUCUAAAUGACCAGGGUAUAUUGAGAGAUGAGUCUCGCUCGUCCUGGAAUGGUUGGAGAACUGUGUACACAUCAGACUGCCUGGAAUCUCAAGGUGCUGUUGUACACGCUGUGGAACACUGGCUCUGUUUUCAUGCUGGAUCAUGGAAAGGUGACUAUCUGGAGGAAUCACUGAAUAGGCUCCUUCCUUUGUGUACACAACACCCCGAGAUUCUGUACCACAUGUCUUUAGUUCACGCCCUCAAAGGGGAUGCUCAAAGUUCACAUGACUGUUACUGCAACUUCAGAGAUCGUGUGUUUGGUUCUCACCUGCCCGGGGAGGGAUUUGUUCAAAGACGUUCAGACAAUCUGUGGCUCCCUCUGGUGCAAAUAGUCAAACAGCAAGGGCAGAUAACCUGUAUACCUGUCACCUGGAGAACUCAGCUUAGAUCACUGUGUGUUCAGACAAAACCUAGAGUAACUCAAGAAGCUGAUGUAGUAUCAGAACAGCUGAAUUUAAGGAUGACUCCACAGGGAUUUUUAACAGGAGAUAUGCAGUUACUGCUGCCACCUACUGGUGGGAUCUAUCUAGAUCCUUAUACAGGAAUGAUCACUUACAGUAACAAUGCAACAGAGCCAUGGAGAGGAAUAAUGAAUGAUCCCUGGAGACUAGUUUUACCCACUCCUCUGGAGGUCUAUCAUGAUGAGGAUGGAGUUCGAGUUCAGUUGUUAAUGACGGCACAGCAGACUGUACUUCUUGAUGACUCUGGCUCAUGUACUGCUGCACACGAUUCUCCACUGAACGAUAUCUGCCACUUGAUCUGGUCUGGACCCGAUGGCAGGAAGGUCAAAGUCAACCUCACUGUAAAAUUCACAGACUUGAUUUACAAGACUGUGGAAGAGGAGCUGAAUUCAAUUACCUUCUCCUCUGAAAUGCAACGUCAGGAAGCCCUGAACAGACUUCAGAUAUUGUAUAGAAAGGGUUUUGGGAUGCAAGCAAAGGAUAUAGAAUCUUAUGUGCAUCGGAAAUAUAAUCAGAAAACAACAGACAAGAAGAAAAAGAAGAGAGAGAAAACAUACGGCAUUAAGCUUGCUUUUAAGCUUAGAGCUGCACCAUUCAUGUUUGGGAGGGCUGUGGCAAUGAUAUUUGAUAAUUGUAUUCCAACCAUAACGUCAAAAUUUCUUGUGAUCGCCAACUGUUCUACAGCAGACUUAUUCUGUAAGAUGAAAAUUUACAACAUAAACAAUUGGAAUUUGGACUUGACCUACCACAAAGUUCAAGAUGCGAUUCCUUCUCUCAUCCGCCCCUGUCAGAAUUACCAUGGAUACAGAGUCAACAACGCAGACGUCAUUCAUUUUCAUUUCCAAAGUCCAAAAAUGAGAAUUCAUGUAUUUGAUCAAGAGGGUUCCAUAGUAGACACCAUACCAUUAGGUUCUUCAGAGAAGACAGAUGUUCUUCUAAAGAACAGUAUAUAUAUUGGACAGAUUUAUCCUCUGAUAGUGAAAGACCAGAUCAUUGCCAUCAAUGAACAGAAAAGGUUGUGGUGCCGCACAGGUGGGGAAGAUUUCCUCAGUUCUGAUAUAGAGAAUGCCACAUCCAUGGCUGCCUUUGGGGAUAUACUGGUGGUUUUAAUGGAAGAUAAGGUGCAGUUUGUAGCAGCUCACCAGCUCCGAGUGCUCGGCAUUCGUCUCACAGACAACAGUCUGAGGGGGUCGAGUCUGAGGAUAGAUGAAAAGAGAAUGGCUAUAGAACAGAAGUUUGACACUGUGCAGGUGUUGGCAACGCAGACCUUUACUAGGGACAACAUUUCUUACCUAUUGUGUAUUGCAGCACUGGACAGAACUGUAGUUUGUCUGGAAGUGCCCACAGAUCUAUCAAAAUGUUCGGAGGUGACUGUGUUUUUGACCUUCACCUUGGCAGGGUAUCCAGUGGAAGGCUACAUUAUCAAUCAAGCAAGCGGAUUUCUCCUGACCUUCACUCAACAUAACUCGCUGUCCGAGGCGUAUGUUGAACACCUGUGUCACUACAGCUUUGAUGGAAAGUUAUUGGGGAUUCUGCCCUGUCUGGGCCCUGGGCCAAGGUCUUUCUGUCAUGCCCACCUCCCAGGUGACCCGGAGAGUGGGGGUAGAGGACUGUACCUGUACAUGAGGGAUGGUCAUAAUGGAAUCCUAGGAAUUCAACUCGGUGACCAUUAGCUAUAACAAGACUCUUUAGAAUGGAAUUCUACAAAAUACUCUACUGCUUUCAUAUUUGUGAUAUUUGCAACAAUUUGUUUCUUUUCUAUCCAAGUAUGACAGUGAUAUGUAAUUCUGCAUUUAUACAGGGUUUUUUAUCAUUUUAUGUUAACAGAUAGUGUAAUUGUUUGUUUCUUUCAAGCAUAAUUGUGUCAUUGUGCAGUCUUUUCCUUUAACAUACAUUUAGCUUGAUUCGUUUUACAAAUAAGUUGGUCUUGUAAAUUAGGCUAUUAGUUAAGCAAUUAGUAAAUUAGAUAAUUAAGUUACAUGUCAGAUCUGGUCAGUUUCCAACACUGAUGCAGAGAAGAGGGUUCAAGUUAUAAUUUUGAUGUUUUUUUGGGGGUGAAUCCACAUAUUGAACAAAACCGCAUGUUUUAUAUAUUGAACGAAAUGAUGGUGUGCACUUUUUAUAGAAGAAAUAUUUUGUGGAUAACAAUAAAUAACCAAUUCACUCAUCAAAACGUUUUAAUGCUGGCACACUGCCAGACGUUGAUACGUUUUAAUGCUGGCACACUGCCAGACAUUGAUCUGAAUUACAAUUUUAAAAAUGGUAUGUGUAACAUUAUGAACAUUAUGCAAUUACAGUGGCGUAGCUUCCAUUGAGGCAACCGAGGCAGCUGCCUCGGUAAAAAAAAACACCUUUUACGUUGUUAAAAUGUCGAUACCCCAGACCCCCUGCCUCGGUAAUAUUCGAACCCAAGCUACACCUAUGAAUUAUUGAUAUUUUUAGCUCAGUAGGAUGGAGUAGUACAAUAUUCACGAAACAUGGAAAAUAUUGCACACUUCUCAGGUGGCUAUAGUGUUGUAUUGACCUAAGAAAUGUCAAUAACUGUUCUAUUAUAUAAUUGAAUAAUUCAAAACAUCGAAACUGGUUACUAGGCCCUAAGAAAUGAUGCCUGGUUGACCAUCUUUGUAUACAAAUACAGUGCAAUACCUAGAGUCAAAAUUGCCUUGAGAUGCAAGUUUUUGUUUAUUAGCUCUUCUGAGCUGUAGGCUCAAAGAGCUAAUGCUAUGGCCAUUUGUGCGGUGUGCGUAAACUUUUUAGAAAAAGGGCUAUAACUCAAGAACCUCUUGGCCAAUUUUUUUCAAAUUUCUUACAGGGUAUCAUUGGCCCAAGGGCUUUCAUACAUACUAAAUAGAGGGAUGUGACCCUUUAACAAGGGGAGAUAAUCAGGAAAAUACAAACAAAAGUAGUGGUUGCUAAAAAAUCUUCUUCUCAAGAACCACAGGGCAGAUUAUCACCAAACUUACACAUAAGGAUGAGGAUAUGUUGUAGAUUAAAAAUUGUUCAAGGCAUUACCCUGGGGCAAAGGGCGUGGUCUCAAGGUCACUUCAAAGUUGACCUAAAUUUAUAUUUCCUUAAAUCUUUGAUAUUUUAGUCAUUAUAAGGACUAGGAUCAUCAAAUUUUGACAGUUGAUGCAUCUUAGGACCUUGUGUCAAGUUGUCUCAAAAGUAGGUCACGGUGACCUACUUUUUGAAUUUUGCAGGUAUUUAUUUUAAAAUUAAUUUUGAUGCAUAUCUUGGACACUUUGAAGCCUAUGAUCAUCAAAACUUGUCAGUUGGUGGAUCAUGGGACCUUGAAAUGCGUCAACUGAAAAAUAGGUCACCGUGACCUACUUUCUGAAUUUUAUGGCUUAUCAUUUAUAGAUAUAUUUUAAGUUGUUAUUUCAAAUACCGAGAGGUUUAGAAUCAUCAAAUCUUGUAAGUUGAUGCAUCUUGAGGCCUUGAAACAUAUUUAUAAAAAAAGUAGGUCACAUUGACCUACUUUUUGAAUUUUGCAGAUAUUCAAAUUUCACAUUUUCAAUUUUAGAUGCAUAUUUUGGGCGCUGUAAAACCUAGGAUCAUCAAACUUUGUCAGUUGAUGCGUCUUCAGUCUUCGGUUUGUGUCGACCAAAAAGUAGGUCACCGUGACCUACUUUUGGUAUUUGACAGCUAAAUUACUAUAUUUCAGACACUAUUUGACUUACAAUCAUCAAACUUUGUCAGUUGAUGCAUCUUGAGUCUUCGGAGUGUAUCGACCAAAAAGUAGGUCACUGUGACCUACUUUUGGCAUUUGACAGUUAUAUUUAUAUAUUUCAGUCACUAAUUGACCUACAAUCAUCAAACUUUGACAGUUGAUGCAUCUUGAGUCUACGGAGUGUGUCGACCAAAAAGUAGGUCACCUUGACCUACUUUUGGAAUUUGACGGCUAUAUUUAUAUAUUUCAGAUACUAUUUGACCUACAGUCAUCAAACUUUGUCAGUUGAUGGGUCUUGCAUGUUCGAAGGGUUUCGACCAAAAAGUAGGUCACCUUGACCUACUUUUGGAAUUGGACGGCUAUAUUUAUAUAUUUUCAGAUACUAUUUGACCUACAGUCAUCAAACUUUGUCAGUUGUUGGGUCUUGCAUGUUCGUAGGGUUUCGACCAAAAAGUAGGUCACCUUGACCUACUUUUGGAAUUGGAUGGCUAUAUUUAUAUAUUUCAGAUACUAUUUGACCUACAGUCAUCAAACUUUGUCAGUUGAUGGGUCUUGCAUGUUCGGAGUUCGCUGACCAAAAAGUAGGUCACCAUGACCUACGAUUGGAAUUUGACAGCUAUAUUUCAAUAUUCAGAUACUAAUUGGCUUAAAAUCAUCAAACUUUGUCAGUUGAUAUUUCUUGGGUUCUCAAAAUGUGUAAACCAAAAAGUAGGUCACAUUGACCUACUUUUUUUGAAUUCUUAGGAUUUAACUAAAGAUUUAGAAUAUUAAGAGGCUAAGAAUAGAAAUGGUGGGGUUGUACAAUUUAUCAGAAGAGCGAUUCUACGCCCUUGGGCCUCUUGUUUUAAGACUGAAUCAUUUAAAACACUGAAACCAUCUACUAGAACAUUUCAGUGACAUUUAUGUUACAUAUAUGACAUCAUUACAUGCUUCCUGGUGUUAAACAACAUUCAGUUUGAUUUGAAUACAUUGCAUUGGAUACUAAUAAAUGCAUCAGACGACCUUCCCAUCAUUUACGAGCAUGUUUUGCAUUUUGGUUAUAAGUUGUUUCAGAAACGAAGUGUCCAUCUGAUUUCUUUUCAAAAUGCACAACAUACUCGUCACUUAUGUUGUUUAUUAAACUAAAUAUAAACUCUUUUUUUGUCAGUGCUCAGAAAUUUUGGAAAUAUUUUAACUUUAUGUCAAACCAGAGAUGUAUAUAUUAAAUAUGUCAUAGAAGUCUCUGGUCAAACGAUACAAAUGUACACAAUUCCUAAGUGGAACUUUUUUUUUUUACUUUGAUAAUUCCUAUUGAUUAACACUGAAAAGUUCAGAAACGCUAUAUAAUGUAGUUGUAUUUAUUUUGUUUCAUGGCUUAGAAGACCUUGUCAUUGAUGUGAUGUGUGAAAGUUGGAAUUUUUGAAAAUUAUACCGACCUUGUGCCGUUUUGUAAUCUUAUUUUUGACAGUCACUGUGAUAUAUUAUACACUGGUUUUUCAUUUUAUUUAACCAUUAUACAUUAUGGUAUUUGUCUUGUAAUGGAGGAUGAAAUGAAAUUUAAACAUGACAAG